AUGUUGGCAACUUCGUUGAAAGUUCCAUCAUCGAUUCAUAUAGCCGAUACCACUAAUAAUCAACAACAUUCAUCAAAAUAUAUACAAAACAAAGUGAUUCUUUUACGGCCAUCGAUCACACAACGGCUAUCUGGAACUUCAUUAUCAUCAUCGAAACACAAAAAUCUCAGGCUAUCAUCAACAACAUCUAUUCCUGUUACAAAUGUAAAUCCAAUAAAUAAUACCAUUACCAAAACAACCUCAUCAUCAACAUGGACAACAACAAAUAAAACGAAAUUUAAUUCUUCAAUAACAUCAACAACAUCGAUAUCUAGAUCAGCAACAAACUCUCCCUUAUCCACAUCAUCAUUAUCGUCAUCGCCAUUACCAUCAUUGUCGAUGAAUAGUUUUCGAUUAAGAAAAAAUCAUAAAGAUUUUCACCAAUUACGUGAACAUGCAACCAAUGAUGCUUCGAAUAUUAUUAAUGAUAUAAUAAGAAAGACUGAUCUGAAAAAAUUGACACUAAAAAAUAUACAAAAUGAAAUAAUCGACCAAUUAGGAGAUAAAUAUGGUGCAACAUUUGUUCGUACAUUGUUUAGCCGUUUGGAUAUCUAUAGACGUAUAAUUGCCCUAUUAGAAUCAAUGCCUAAUGAAGAUCGAAAAUUGAUCAAAUCUUAUCAUAGUCAAUAUACUCUUUCAUCAUCAUCGUCAUCAUCAUCAUUAACAAAUGGGUAUCAUUAUGAAUGCCUUUUAAAUCGUUUACAAACAAUAAAAAAUAAAUCAUCAUCAUUAUCGAAUUCAAUGAAACCUGAUGAAAAUAUAUCACCAAUAACAAAUGGAUUACGAUUAUUCAUUGCUAAUCAUAAUCAUUCUGAUUCUGGUCAUUCAGUUUCAGCAUUUGGUUCUUUGCCAAUUUCGAAAAUUUCAACAAACAAUGAUGGCAAAAAUAAUAAAAAUAGUAAUAAUGUAAUUAAAAAACGUUCAUCAUUAUCUUCCAAUGAAGUGCCAACAUCAAUAACGAUGAUAAAAAGAAAAAUUUCAAAAUUGAAGAAAAGAAAAUCACAAUUACUAAUACAUAAUGAUGGCAAUACUAAUAAUAAACAGAACCAGAAAAAAGCGCCAUUAAUUUUAUGCAAUAUUAAUGAUGAUAAUGAUUCUAUAAAAAAAUUGUCAACAUUAUCAUCAUCAUCAUCCAAAUCACCGAUACAAGAAUCAAAUAGAAUUGCACAUGCGUUCAUUAAUAAUCACCAUUCAAUUUGUUCAAUAAAAAAUUCAGCAGUGGCACAAUCUAUUGAAUCAUCAAUUGCAAAUUCUUAUAAUAGUGAUAACAAUAAUGUUUCAUUAUUAAGAACAAAUAAAAAUAUACUAGCCACGUCCACAGCACAAACAAUUUCAUCAUCAUCAUCAUCAUCAUUGACAACAAAGAAUAAUAUGAUUAUUGAUAAUGGCAAUAAUGAUUGCCGUGAAAGCAAUAAUAAUUUCAAUUUGAAAUCUAUUAAUAAUAAUAGUAAAACGAUUACAACAAAAUAUUCAUCAAAUAAAACAGAAGCCGUAGAUGUGAAUAUCAUGAAUAAAAAUACGCCUAAAAUGAUUGAGAAAUUCUCUGAAACGCAAUCAAAAUUAGUAACUACCUCGAUGAGAAUGAAAAAUUCUUAUGAAAAUGCUCAAGAUUCAUCAUCAUCAUCAUCAUCAUCAUCUUCUUCUUCUUCCUUAUCAUUGUUAAUCUCAAAUUUUGAUGAAAAGUCAUCAACUAAAUUAAAUGGCAUAAGUGUUGGUGGUAAUAAUGGAGAUUGUAUUACAAAUGAUAAACCACAACAAAGGACUGUAUUCUGGAAAAAAUUAAUGCGCUAUACAGCUUAUAGGAAUUUUGAUCUAGAUGAGGAUCAAUCAUUAAUAAAGCCUACAUUAUCUGAUAGUGUUUCAAUAUCAUCAACAUGUUCAUCAUCAUCAUCAUCAUCAUCAACAAAAAAAUUUACAGGUCAAAAUAAACAAACACAAAGUGCAAAGGUUACUAGUGGAACGAUAAGUAGUCCUGAAUCUCCUGAUCCAGAACCAAUUAUUGAAAAUAGAAAAAAUGCUGUUUUUGAUAACAAAUCAAAAUUAAUUGAAUUUAACUCGAAUCAUAAUGAUCAACAACAUCAACAUGAUAAAGAUCUAAUAAACAGUAAUGAUCACCAUGAUAGCAAAAAUCACAAAAUGAAUAAAUGUUGGUGUGACGAUGCCGAAGUGGCCAGUGUUCGAUCAUUAAAUUCUGGAAAUUCAUCUAUUUCAUCUCCUCAUUCAUAUUCAUCAUUGGAUUCAGAUCUAGAUAUUCACCGUAACGGUAUUGUUGAUGAUAAUGACGAUGAUAGCCGUGAAAGUGAUGAUACAGCUAAAAUUCUCAAUGGUAAUGGCUAUUAUCAUCAUGGAUCGGUUGAUAAUGGAUCGAUAGACAUACCGAUUUUAUCCGAUUCAUCCGAAGUUGUUCAUUCGGAUGCAUCAAAUGAAGGAUUAUCUAUUGAUGAAACGCCGUCCAAUAUUAAUUGUAAUAAUAAAAACAUCAAAACAUUUUUCAAACGAAGUGAUUUUAGCGAUAGUGAAAAUAGUGAUUUGGAUGAUUUGAAUGAAACAACAAGAGUUAAAAAUAAUAAUAAAUGUCAUCGUACAUUAUUGGAACCAAUCGAUAAUCGUAAUUCACAUCACAGAAUAUUUAAUGGAACAUUAGUAAAUAAUGCUAAUAAUAAUAAUCAUCAUCAUCAUAUGAUUGUGACAAAACAUAAUGGUACGACAAACCUUAAUAGAUCUAUUAGAAGAAAGUCAAAUGAUGAUGAUCAAUCUAUUGUACAUAAAUCGAAACCGAUCACAAAACGACGUAAAACCUAUCAUGCAGAUACAGAGAAUGAUAAUUUAAUAUCAAAUCGUUUAGAAACAAAUAAUAAUACAAUCAAUGAUAAAGAUGAAAAUAAUCUAGAUGAUCAUAAUGAAGAUUCUUUAAGUGUCGAAACGGAUGAAGAACUGGCUAGACGUUUACAACAGGAAGAAUAUCAAGCAGCACGUCCUGCUAGACGACGUGUUGCCAUUGUUGCAUAUGAUCGUUUACAUGAACAAUUAUCUAAAUUGAAAAAAGAUCCAUUAAUUGAUGAAAUUAUGUUACAACAACAGCAACAACAACAAGCCUCAACAACAACAACAGCAACAUCAAGAAUAAAACGUCGACAUUCAUCCACUAAUGACCAAGAUGACCAUAAUAAUAAUAAUAAUAAUCAAUCAAAAAAUGGUAUAUUUGAUUGUAAGAAAAACAAAGGCAAUAAUAAACACAAUCAUAACACGAAUGGUAAUAGUCAUAAAACAACUCAAACAAAUCGUUCAAUACAGACAUCGUCUAAUGGAAAAAAUUUUAAACAGAUAGCUAAAUUUUUCGACACCACUGUGGAUUCACCACAAAAAAUUUGCUCUCGAAUGCUUGAUUAUGCUGUUGAUAAUGGCUUAGUUUUUACGAAAAAUUCAUCAUAUUAUCUGAAUUGUGAUAAAAACAUUUCAACAUUAUUCGGUGUGGAAGGUUCGAUUAAAUUUUUUACAUUAACUAAAAUCAUCUAUAAAUUGGCAUCAAAAUGUUAAAAUGGAUCUGAUUAACACAUGUUUUGGUCAUAAAAUCAUGAAUGCAUCGACUAAUGAUUGUUGAAAUUUCGAAACAAACAAACACGCCUUUUGAUUACAAUUUGCACGUAUUCAUCUUGUUUUUUUUUUGAAAAAUUCAACCAAACAUCCUCACUGGACAGACAAUCAUA